GAGAUGGGCAAGGAGGGGUGGGACGUCAGAGAAUGUCCUUCCCGGUUGGACAAGAGAGCGUGGCUCAUGCAAGUGUCAAAGAGACUCUUCCAAGUUCGGAAGUUGGAUGCGUUCAAUUAAUUUGGCAGAAAGGGAUUGAUACACAAUUGCCAUUUAUAAGGAAAGCAACGCGUUCAGAGGUGCUGGACAGAGCCACGAGGGGGUAAUGUCUGACAGCGGUGGUGCUGCCAACAGCAAUAGCUGGACUGUCCUCACAGCAGAGGAGACUGUUGCUGAGACACUGAGGCCUGUAGAGGAGAGAACAGAGCACCAUGAAGAUACACCCAGUCAUACUGCUGCAGAGAAACCUACAGGUACACCCAGUCAUACUGCUGCAGAGAAACCUACAGGUACACCCAGUCAUACUGCUGCAGAGAAACCUACAGGUACACCCAGUCAUACUGCUGCAGAGAAACCUACAGGUACACCCAGUCAUACUGCUGCAGAGAAACCUACAGGUACACCCAGUCAUACUGCUGCAGAGAAACCUACAGGUACACCCAGUCAUACUGCUGCAGAGAAACCUACAGGUACACCCAGUCAUACUGCUGCAGAGAAACCUACAGGUACACCCAGUCAUACUGCUGCAGAGAAACCUACAGGUACACCCAGUCAUACUGCUGCAGAGAAACCUACAGGUACACCCAGUCAUACUGCUGCAGAGAAACCUACAGGUACACCCAGUCAUACUGCUGCAGAGAAACCUACAGGUACACCCAGUCAUACUGCUGCAGAGAAACCUACAGGUACACCCAGUCAUACUGCUGCAGAGAAACCUACAGAGAGUAGGCCUGGGGAGGAUGCAGUGUCUGCUGAAGAGUCUCACUCUGUGAAGCUACAGCAGGAGACCCAGGAAACACAACCAGAGAGAGACAAGGAUUACACCCAUGACCUUCCCUUUGACCCUGUCCCUGACUCAACCCCUGCCCUUGACUCCACCUCUGCUAAUGUUGCUCCUCCGAGCUCUCUGUUAGAAGUCCCCGCCCCCACAGGCCUUGACCCAGAUACACACAGCCAAUCCAGAAGCCUCCCUGGGAACCCAGCCCCUCCCAUCUCUGACCCUGAUUCGUUCUCUGACUCCUACACCCACAUUAGCUCCUCCCCCGACCUUGAAGAGCCCCCUGCCUUGCUGCUCAACACUGAGCCACCGGAAGAGGUGGGGCUUGUACAGGAAGUGGAGGGGUAUAUACAGGAUGUGCAUCAUCAUUAUGAGGAGGGGCUUGGGCAGGAAGAGGAGGAGUCUGAUCUGUCUGAGGUCAGGGCCAAGACAGACUCUCAUCUGGAAGCAGAGGUGGUGGGGGAGGAGGAAGGGGUGUCAGGGGUGAGGAGGAGGAGGGGGUCUCUCCUGGCGGCUCUGGAGCGGAUCGGAAGGGAAGAGGAGGAGGAGGAGGAGGAGGAGUUCCGGAGUCCGCAGCAGAGGGAGCAAGAGGAGACUGGUUUCUCUCUCAACAAGUGCAUCCUAGGAGCUGUCAUACUGCUGGGCCUCGGAACCAUCUUCUUCUCAGGUGUCUUCAUGGACCUGGAUGGUGAGGGGGACUAUGAUGCCAGGGUGCUGAGAGAAACAGAGGUGGUGGGAAAACAGGAAUGGCUGAAUCCUGAGGUUCCUCUUCCACCACCUGUAGAUGUUGACAGUACAGACCAACUGAAUAAACUGGCUAAAGAAGACCCACGGAUAGCUGUACUGCAAGCCCAACUCCUGGCACAGAAAGAGGAGCUAAAAGUAGCCCAGAAGGAGGCGGAGGAUGGAGGGAAGGAGAGAAAGAAGAGGGAGGAGGUGGAGAAGGAGCACGGUAGGCUGAAGAAAGAGAUGAUGUCGCUCCCUGUCCUUCAGAAGGAGAACGAGAGGAUGAAGAGAGAGCUGGAGUCUGUUCCUGUCUUACAGAAGGAUCUAGAGACACUCAGAGCCACAGUGACUGAACUAAAACACAGCACAGCCAAAGAAGCAGCAUCACCUCCAGUCUCUGCCUCUGUCCUGCCCCCCUCUGGCCAAGCUGGGGAUGACAGCCAGAACACAGCCGGAACGAUAGAGAGAGAGGGCAAGAAACCAGGGAAGGGAGAGAAAACGGAUAAAGAGUUGAAGGAAGAGCAGACGGAUUGGAAUAAGGGAGGGAAGACAGAUUGUAAGGUAGAAAAAGAGUGGAGAAGUGGAAAAUAUGACCCGGAGAAAGAAGGAAAAGAGAAAGAGUGGAAGAAGAAAGAAGACAAGAAGGGAGAAUGGAAGAAAGAUAAAUCUAGCAGAGGGGAUGAGGGCAAACCAUGGAAGGACAGAGGAAACAAGAUGGAAUGGAAGGAGAAGAGUGAGAAAAAAGACUGGAAGGUGGAGAAAGAUUGGAAAAAAGGAAAACCUGAAAGAUGGAGUGAUAGCAAGGAGUGGAAAAAAGGCAAGGAUGAGCGGAAGGGAAAAGAGGAGAAAAAUCAAAAGAAAGGAGGUUGGGUUGAGUGGAAGGGAGAGAAGAAUGGAAAAGAGGACAAAAAUCUAAGAAAAGGAGGUUGGAAUGAGGGCAGGGAUGAGUGGAAGCGAGAGAAGAAUGGAAAAGAGGACAAAAAUCAAAGAAAAGGAGGUUGGAAUGAGGGCAGGGAUGAGUGGAAGCGAGAGAAGAAUGGAAAAGAGGACAAAAAUCAAAGAAAAGGAGGUUGGAAUGAGGGCAGGGAUGAGUGGAAGCGAGAGAAGAAUGGAAAAGAGGACACAAAUCAAAGAAAAGGAGGUUGGAAUGAGGGCAGGGAUGAGUGGAAGCGAGAGAAGAAUGGAAAAGAGGACAAAAAUCAAAGAAAAGGAGGUUGGAAUGAGGGCAGGGAUGAGUGGAAGCGAGAGAAGAAUGGAAAAGAGGACAAAAAUCAAAGAAAAGGAGGUUGGAAUGAGGGCAGGGAUGAGUGGAAGCGAGAGAAGAAUGGAAAAGAGGACACAAAUCAAAGAAAAGGAGGUUGGAAUGAGGGCAGGGAUGAGUGGAAGCGAGAGAAGAAUGGAAAAGAGGACACAAAUCAAAGAAAAGGAGGUUGGAUUAAGGGCAGGGAUGAGUGGAAGGGAGAGAAGGAGUGGAAGAAUGACAAGGAUGACUAUAAGGACCUUGGCAAAGGAUGGAAGGAGAGAGGAGAGAGAAAGGAGUGGAAGGAAGAGAAAGACUGGACAAAGAAGGACAGAAAGAAAGACGUCAGUAAAGAGUGGAAGAGUAAGGACAACAGGAGAGAAAAUGAGUGGUCUGAUGGAAAUAGAAAGAUGGAAGGAUUGAAGGAGGAGAGAAACGGAGGAAACUGGAAAAAGGACAGAGGGAAUGACAAGUACGAGAAGGACCACCACUACUCUCAGGAAGGGCAGAAAGAGAGGAGAAAGAGAGAAAAGGGCCCUCCCCAAACCCACCGCCGACCCCCCCUUGAGCAACCUGACUACUGGAGUCACCAGAGAGAACGACUGCAGCACAAACCCAACCCUCAAACCCACUGCAGUUCAGUGGAGGCCUGCGCCCAGGCAGAGGGGCUGCUCCCUGUCACCAUGCCGGAGUUUGAGGCCCUGCUCCUGGGUUACCUGGUCAAGGCAGAGAGGGUGGGGGUGGAGGCCUCCAAGAGGGAGGAGCUCAGUAAGCUAACCAAGGAGUUCUUCAGUGACGGAGUGUUCGUUCACGACCAGAUGCGCUUCAAGGACUUUGUGGAGGAUGUGGAUGACAUCUUAGAGGAUAUGGUGGAGGAUGAGGAGGUAGAGGAGGAGAUGGAUGACUUUGAGGAAGAGGCAAUGAACAGGUUUUCAGUUCCAGGGGGAGGAGAGAGGGAGAAGUGGAGGAAGGAGAGUGGGAGAGGACGGGUGUGAUGGAGUGAGAAAGGGAGUCAACGCACGUCAGGAGGAGCGGAAAGAUGGAGGUGGAGGAAAAUAGAUGGAUGUGCUACAAGGUAGAAUUUAGGAGGAGCAACAUACAUACGUACGUACGUACGUGUGUGUGUAUGUAUAUAUACAUUUUGAACCGUUCAAAAUUUGGGGUCAUUUAGAAAUGUCCUUGUUUUUGAAAGAAAAGCACUUUUUUUUUCCAUUAAAAUCAAAUUGAUCAG